ACGGUAACCAUAUCUAACCCCUACGUAAAUGGAAUUGUAGCCCUUUUAAAACUAAAUCAGUGCCCAUCCUCCUUGCCGUAGGAGGAUUUCAAGUUUUACGAAUCCUCCAGAGAUAUGGAAGAUUGCAAUUCAGAGGCUUGCCUAACUCAGAUCACUCAAUGCCCCAAUUUUUCAUCUCCGCAAAAUGGCCACAAUAAUAUCAAGAAGAGACAAUUGCCACAAUGGAUGUUGGGAGUCACAGGCGUAGAAGCUGCAUCGAAAGCGGAAACAAUCAGAGGAAAUCGGGCUAAAAAAUCCCAACUAUCUGCUGAUGAAAAUGGUUCGUCUGAUGGAGGAAUUCAGGAAGAAAGAAGACCCAAAAGAGCUGCAGAUAGACCCCCAAAACGUGCUGGCUCUUCUAGCACAAAGAGGACCGCCAAAAGAGGGGUAGAAAUCGAAAGUGGGGGUAAUUCAGCUGCCGAAGAUGGUACUAAGAGAGUGUCCAAGGAAAGAAAACAAAUUGGGUCUAGAAAGGGCGCACCUAGAGGCAGGAGGAAGAUGAAGGAUCCGCAAUUUGAGAGUGAUCUUCAGGAAGAUCACAUAUCUGAUGUUGAGGACGAUAUUGAGGACCCAUCUGAGGGUAUUUCUAUUGAAAAUGGGCUGGACUUGAGUGUGGAAGAUCUACUCAGCAUGGCCAAGCAGCAUAUUGAUGCAGAGGGAAAAGAAGAAGCUGAAAAUCAUGGUACAAGAACAAACAUGAAGGCAGAGCUACAAGAACAAGAGAAGCCACCUAGAAAGGCUGCAUCCGUCUUCAGUAAUGAUGAGUGGAAAGAUCUUUCUUAUAGUACAAGAUGUUCAGAAGCAGCCUCCUCAACUACUGAAAAUAUUACUAGAGGUAUUUCUGAUAGUAAUUUAAUUGAAAACGAAAGUUUAACAUUAAUGAUGCAAAGCCAAAAAAAUUCUUUUUCUAGUCCUCCAGGAAAGCCAGAUGAUAUUGCACAAAACAUGCUUGAUCUUCUAUUGGGUCCAUCAUUAAUGUACUCUCAAAAUGAAGAUAAAAAACCCAAACUUCUCUUGGAAGAGUUGAAUUCUGUUACUCAUGUAACUGAAGCUGACCAUAGAACUGAAGAAGCUCCCAUCUUUAAAAAGAAAAGCAGUCUGAGGGACAAGGUAACUAUGCUUUUAAGUUGACAUUUACUUGACAUGCGUGUAUGUAAAUCCUCUUCCCAGCAGUAUUGCUUAUAUGUGCAGAUAGAGAGCUCAUUGAAUAUCAAUAUGAUCAUAUGUACAAAUGUAGCAUAUGUACAAACCUUUUUACCAAUCAAUUUUAGGUGGUUUGUCGCUUUACAUAAAGGAAUAUUAGAUAAGUAUUGCUUAUGUGUGCAGAUAGAAAGCUCAUUGAAUAUCAAUGUGAUCAUAUGUACAAAUGUAGGCAUAUGUACAAACCUUUUUUACUAAUCAAUUUUAGGUGGUUUGUCGCUUUCCAUAAAGGAAUAUUAGAUAUG